AUGACUGAGUUUUUCAUAUUCCCAUUCAGCUUCUCUGAGAUCAGAGAACAGUCAUCAGACAGUAGAUAUACUGUCGUUGGUGGAAAUUUCGUAAAAGGUUAGGAAGAGAAGUAAAUAAAAAGGACCCUUAAUGAACUAGAUAGAGCAAUUUACGAAGAUAUUCAUAUUAUAAAUGAAAGCGACAGAUUUGAUUAUUUAUAUUGGAUUAUUACUAUGAUGGAAGAAAGUAAAGAGAAGAUGAAUGUAGAAAUCCUAGUAAAAGUUGGAGAUAUAAUACACACUCAUUUCUAGCGCAUUAUUAAAAUGCUUGACGAUGUUGAUGGAGAAGAUUAAAUCAACUAACAUAGAAUCUCAUUUAAAAUGCUGGCAUUCUUAGCUUUUUACUAUCUGAAUGCAAGUUGUGUUAAAAAGCCAAAAAAGGCUUUAAUUUCAAAUGAAAUAAGAGGAAAAAAAGAGGUUUCUAAUGAGUAUAUUGAGAAAAUAGCUGAAAAGCAAGCUAUUUUAUUAAGGUUAUUUGAAGAAUCUCUUUUAAUUAAUUUUAAAACGCUUUGGUAAAGAAGAGAAAUUGAUUCACAGUUUUUCAAAUACUAUUAUGAGACAUCCUUGAAAAUGCUUGAAAGCAAGCAAUUAUUAAAAUAGCAAAAUAUUAAAGAAACCAUAUUUAACAUUUUGAAGAAGGUUAUUUUUAUAAACUCUGAUAGCUUGAGCACUAUAUAAUUUAAAUUGAUCAAUUUAAUUUAUGAAGAAGAAAACAUAGUUGAAUAUAUUUGCGAUUUUUUAUUAUCAACAUAAAAUUAAAACAGUGGCAAUACCAACCAAGAUGAAUUUUUAAUUCUUUUGAAUAUUAGUGAAGAUUAAAGGGAUAAUAGCGAGAAGAACUAUUCUCAACUUUGCACAGAUACUCUCAUUCGUUUAGUAAAUUAUGCAAAUUAAACUAAUGUAAAUACUGAAUCAUAAGCAGUCAAGAAUGUCAAAGAAUUCUUAUUAAAAAUGUCUGAAAAGAUUCCUAAAAUAUUUUACAACAAUUUAUCUUGCUUUGUCUAACUCCUAGAUAAUGAAGCUUACCAUUUAAGAAAUGCAGUAGUAGAAAUAAUGGGUAACAUUAUUAAAAAUGUUCUGUCAACUCGUUAAAAUCUUCCUUAGGAUGAGUAAAGUCUCUAAGAAGAAGAGAGUGAAAACCAUGAAAAAGCAAAAGAAAAGAUACUUGAUGCGUUGAUUUAAAGAAUAUAUGACAAGCAUGCUUUUUCAAGAUCACAUGUUUUAUAAGUUUUUAUAGAUUUAUGCACUUAAAAUCUUAUUCCUCAAAAUUACCUUUUCCCAUUAUUAGGAUGUGCUUGUGAUAGAAUAAAAGAUACAUCUGCUAAUGUUCGUAAGAAAGCCAUCAUCCUAUUGCUUAAAAUUAUGGAAUUUUACUUCAUCAUAUUUGCAGCUUCUUAAAAUAGAGUUAAAUUCCAUACUAUAGAAGAGCUUGAAAGAGAACAAAGUUUCAAUGAAACUGAAAAAUCAGAACUCAUUUCAGAAUAAAAAUAAAUAGAAGAAAAAUUAUAAGACAGAGAAAACGUAGAAUAAUUUCACGAAUUUUAGCACGACUUAAAUUAAGUUAAGAGAAAAAUAGAAUUAUGCAUGAAGUUAAAGCAUAAUUUGGAUGAAUAUACAAAAAUGAUUAACUAAAUUGAAUUGAUUAUGCCAAAUCUCUUAUAAUUACUGGGUUCCAAAAAUAACUCAGAUGUUACAGAAACCAUUAAAUUAAUGAUUUAUUUAUAUUAAACAAAUAUUCAAUGUGCUAAUCAAGGAAUUAGAAAGAUGCUCGUCUUAAUAUGGUCAAGAGAAAAGCUAGUAAAAGAAGAGCUCAUUAAAGCUUAUUGGAUUCUAUAUUUAGAUGAAAAGGCAUUCAAGCCAGAAGGAGUAGCUAAAAAUUUAGUUUAUUUGUUUAAAAAAGCAAAUCUAACAGAUUUAACCUCAUUAGAAGAAUUGCUGGUUGCAAUACAAAAAUGGAAUCAAACAAUCGAAGAGAAAGAAAGAGAAAAGAAACAAGAUAUGUUUUACAUAAGCAAUAAAACAUUCGAUAAAAUUUGGGAUAUAUUCACAACUUCUGUCAUUUAAAACGAUGCUAAUUCUAAAUAUUCUAUGAGAGCUGCUCUAACUAUCCUCCGUAUAAGUUCUUAAAAUAACAAGGUUAUAUUCACAUAAAAUAGAAUGAUUUCUCUAAUUGAAGUUUUGAAAAAAUUCUUAAGGUUAAAUUAACCUGAUUGGAUAGUAGUCAAAGAGAUAGGCAUUUUACUUGAAAAUAAAGAGGAUUGCAAUUAUUUAAAUAGCUUCAUAAAGCUCAUGAUUUUUAUACUUAUCAAAUUUUAAGGUACUGUUGAUAAUGAGUGGUAUUGUGCUUGUGAACAAAUAUUAAAUACAAUCUUUUCAAUAGAAUAAAAUCCUGAGAGUCUUAUCAAGUAUCUCAUUCUUAGAUGUACAAAAACUCUAUUGGAAGGAUAAGAUACAAACAGCGAUAUCAAUAAAAAUAUUGAAAUUCCUUAAACUCCUCCAAGAAAUAUUGUUGAAGCUGUAAGUCCUUUAAAAGUUACACCCUUUUAAAGUCCUAAGUAAACUUUUGAAACAGAAGAAAAUGAAGAAAGCAAGCAGCUGUUAUUCGAAAGAAGACUUGGUCAUUUGUUGUUCCUUGUUGGACAUUGCGCACUUAAAUUGCUUAUUCAUAUUGAUAAUAUUGAAAACGAACUCAAAAAGCUAAAAAUUGAAGGAGAAAAAAAAUAAGAGGAACAACAGCACAAAGAUGGAGCUGAAGCUGCUGAAUUAGAUAAGAUUUAUGGUGGUUUAGAAGCUGAAUACGAAAAGAGAUUAGAGUAUCUUCAUAAAAUAGCUGAAGAAAAUAUUAUAAAUGGAGAUAAUUUGAUAGCACAAUAUAAACCUUGGGUAGACAAGAUUGUCAAAGAUAUUAUUGAAAACUAAGAAGGUGCAGACUACAGAAAUGUUGAUUUAGACAGAGUUGCUGUUCUUACUUUAUGUAAAUUCAUGUGCGUAUCAAAAGUAUACUGUGAAUAGAAUCUCCCUAUCUUAUUUAAAUUACUGGAAUCCUCUUUUUCAGACCAUCUGCUAAAGAUCAAUAUUAUAGUAUCAAUUGGAGAUUUGCUUCACAAAUAUCCUAAUCUUGUUGAACCUUAUAAUUCAAAGAUUUUUGCAAAAUUGCAUGAUCCAGAUGUUUAAGUUAGAAAAACAACUAUGAUGGUAUUGACUCAUCUUAUUUUAAAUGAUAUGAUGAAAAUUAGAGGUGAAAUAUGUGAAGUAGCUCUCCUUUUAGAAGAUGAAGAGCCUAAGAUUUAAAACAUUGUCAAAUUAUUCUUGCAUGAACUCCACAAGAAAGAUUAAAAAAUUAUUUAUAAUCUUUUACCUGAAGCUAUUGGCAGAAUGUCUCGUUAAGAUAAAACAGAACUAGGAGCUCCUAUACAUGAAAAAACUUUUGAAAAUUUUGCAAAAAAUAUUAUGCAAUAUUUAGAAAAAGAUAAAUAUUCAGAAACCCUUGUUGAAAAGCUUUGUGUCCGUUUCCAAAAUUCAUAAAACUAAAGAGAAUGGAGAAAUUGUAGCUUCUGUCUUAGUUAGCUUAGUUAUAACGAGAAAGGUUUAAGAAAAUUAAUUGAAUUCUAUGAAAAUUACAGAGAAAAGCUUCAUGACCAAGAAAUUAUGGAAAAUUUCUAAAAUAUUCUCAUCAAGUUAAAGAGAUUACCAAAGCAAGAAAUGAAACCUUUAAUUGAAGAAUUUGAAGCAAAGCUUUAAGCUUAUAAGGUUGAAUCAUUUGAACCUGUUAAGAAAAAAGAAACUGCUUUAGCAGCUAAGGCUAAGCGUGUUGCUGACAAAAAGAAAAAAGAUGAGAGCAAUAAAGAAAAUUAAUAAAAUUAAAUAAAUACUAGAACAAAAAGCAAAAAAUAAACUAAGAAAAACUAAGAAGAAAGUGAUGAAGAUGAGCUCGAAGGAGAAGAUAAAAAUGAAGACUUCGAAGAGGAGGAAGAAGAAAUCGAAGAAAAACCUUAAACAAAUAAAAGAUUUUAGAAAAAAGAGCAACCUAAAAAGAGAGUCUUAAGAAAGACUAAUUUAAAUAAAAAGAGAUCAAUGGUAGAAGAAGAUGAAGAUGAUGAAUAAAUGGAUAGUGAAGGAGAUUAUGAUGAAGAUGAUGAAGAUUAUAACUGA